AUGCCAGAGCUUCCAGAGGUCGAGGAGGCGCGCAAGAUGAUCGCCGACGCCGUCACGGGAUAUACCAUUACUGAGGUCGACACUGUGGAGGACAACCUCGUGUACGAUGGUGUGACACCUCACCAGUUUUCCAAGGAGCUCGUUGGGCGGAUGGUGACAGGAUGUGAACGGAAAGGCAAACUAUUCUGGAUGACCCUUGAUGGCAAAGGAAGGUUUCCCGUCAUGCACUUUGGAAUGACUGGCAUGAUCCAAUUCCGCGGCCAUCGUCCGAUGUCGUACCGACGGAAGUACGACCUAGGCGACACCUGGCCACCCAAGUUUCACAGAUGUGUCAUGAAAUUCAAGUCGCCAAAAGGUGACGACGUGCAGGAGCUCACCUUUAUCGAUCCGCGUAGACUUGGACGCCUACGGCUCGUGCCUGACCCAGUACCCUCGCAUCCGCCUGUGAGCGAGCUCGGUUACGACCCGGUGCAGAACCAACCGACUCUGGAAGAGUUCAAGAAACUCUUAAAGCCCAAGCAUGGUGUAGUCAAAAGCGUACUCAUGGACCAAUCCUUCUGCGCGGGCGUGGGGAACUGGAUCGUGGACGAGGUGCUCUACCAAGCACGCGUCCAUCCCCAGUGCCGUGUCCCUGAGCUCAACGACGUACAGGUGGCCGACAUCCACCGCCUGCUCCGCGAGAUAUGCGUGAAGGCGCUCGAUGUAGACGGGGACUGGAAGCGCUUCCCAACGAACUGGCUGUUCUUCUACCGAUGGGACAGGGGAAAGAAGAAGACCUACAAGAAAAAAGAGACGCAUGACCAUAGUCAUAGUCCGAGCCCGGAAGGGCACGACCAUACCGCAGACGACGGUCCCAAAAUCCCAGAGCACCUUAUCCUGCCGAACGGCAAGCCCGCCACAGUUGCUUGGGUUACGGUCGGUGGACGCUCGUCCGCAUACGUGCCAGCGGUCCAGAAGAUGCCCAGUCACGGCAGCAAGAAGCGCAAGGAUGAGGAUGACGGAUGCGACUUCACGGACGCGAGCUACGAGGAGAAGCCGAAUCACAAGAAAGCCAAGGCCGCCCAAGGAAAACAGGCUAAGGCGCUCACUUCGGCGUCGGAAGGCAAGGAAGACGUAAAGCCUACCAAGAACACGAACGAGGAGGACGCAAAGCCGCAUUACAACUUGCGAGCAGAGCGUGCAGCCCGUCGGGCGAGCCGGAAAUAG